AUGUCGCAGCCGUCAAAGUGCAUCAACAGGAUCAUCGGCGACUACUUUGUCAAUGGCACUGUACCCGCGAAGGGCGUCAAGUGCGAUGUGGACGAGUCACCGUUCCCCCAGCCCAAAAACAAAUCGAGCGCGUUGAGCUCGCUUUCGAUCGAUGAGGCUCGCGAGGUCGAGCUGAGCCAAGCCAUGGCUGCGAUCAGCGAGGCCGUCACCGAGUACAAUGCUCGUCGUCUGCUGUAG